CGAAUUUCUUGUCAUGAUUUUGAGUACCUUUUGGGAAAAAUUGGACCAAUUAUUGCUAAAAGAGACACAAAUUAUAGACAAUGUGUUUCAGAGCAAUUGAGACUCGCCAUAACAUUGAGAUAUCUAGCUACUGGUGAUUCUUUCGUAAGCUUGAUGUAUUUGUUUAAAGUGUCUAGACAACUGAUAUCUCGUAUUGUUCCCGAGGUGUGUUAUGCUUUAAUCUCUACGUUGAAAGAAGUCAUAAAGUUACCUAAUACAAAAGAUGAAUGGAUGGAGGUGGAACGUGGAUUCAACGAUUUAUGGAAUUUUCCUAACUGCCUGGGCGCAAUAGAUGGAAAACAUGUUGUCAUCCAAGCACCGAAAAAUAGUGGAAGUGACUUUUUCAAUUACAUAAAUCGCAGUUCAGUAUUGUACUUUUUGCAUUAGUUGACGCCAAAUAUUCUUUUAUGUAUGUGGAUGUAGGAUGCAAAGGAAGAAUUUCAGAUGGGGGUAUUUUUAGUAAUAGCACUUUGUACAAUAAACUGCGACAGGAACAAUUAAAUUUACCACCGCCUUGCAAUUUACCAGGGAGAAAUAAACCAAUGCCCCACGUGAUUCUGGCCGACGAUG